GUCGUAUAUAUAUAAAUAGGGGACGACCACGAUAACGGCGCCAGCGAUAAUAACAAUAAUUAUUAUACGACAUUUUAUAAUUUAUACACACUCAGUGGGUAUACGUAGCAAGGCCGACGUUCGGAUAGAAGGCGGUGGCGGCGGCGGUGCACCCGCAUCAGAGAGCCUAUAGCAGACCAGUUGCAACGUUUGUAGUGCACGGAGUACCUACGAUAUUAUGACGAAGAGUCGUAGCACGACGACCGCGACCGUGGUAUAUUAUUAACGCAAAUAUUAUACUCGCCGUAUAGGUUACACGCAUACCGGGGUGACCGGGCGCACGCACGAGGAAGGCAUGUGCCACGCUCUGCUGUUGUUCAUGGGCAACGCGAUCACUGGUGGCGGCGGCUACGCGGGCAGUCGGAAAACGACGGUCGAGUCGGCUCGCAGUGGCGUACCCGACCUGAAGAUGACCGCCACCGCCGCCACUUCCGCCAUGGUGAGCGAACUGACUCGGGACGUGGAGCGUCUCAAAGCGGCAAUGGACGAAAAGGACCGGACCAUCGAACAGCUGGGCAGGGCCGUCGAAGACAUACGCAAUAUGCUCGAGAAUGCGGUAUCAAAUCAAUUUCUCGUGCCAUCGCCGCAGUCGUCGCAACAUCGACUAGACAAAAAGAAAGGAGUGUCGGGAGAAUGUUCGACUUCUUCAGAAACUCCUAAACCGUUUCCCAAACAGUCUAAACCCAUCAAAACCAAACAUCUAAUCAAACAAGCGCUGUGCAAAAAUCAGUUUCUGAAAAACUUGAACACCAAUCAAAUUUCCGAGAUUGUAGACGUCAUGUACCCGAAAGACUUCGAAGCUGGAGCGUACGUCAUUAGAAAAGGCGAUCCGGGCUGUUGUUUGUAUGUGGCCGACGAAGGAAAGUUCGACGUAAUCCAAAGCGGACGGGUGGUCGAUUCCAUUGGACCUGGCGAAGUGUUCGGCGAGAUGGCCAUACUUUAUAACUGUCCGCGGACCGCAUCGGUGAGAGCCAUCGAAGAUGUUAGGGUGUGGACUUUGGAAAGAGUAGCAUAUCAGCAAAUCAUGAAGACCUCUGCUAUGAGACGGUUUGACGAACGAGUGGGUUUUUUGAAAAGCGUACCGUUAAUGAAGGAUCUCAACGAAGAAUUUUUAUCCAAAAUCGCUGACGUCUUGAAAGAGGAAUUUUAUCCGGAAGGGCACUACAUUAUAAAACAGGACACUCUCGGCGACAAGUUCUACAUACUGAGCGAAGGACGAGUAAAAGUCACAAAGACCAAUAAAGGUGAAGACGAAGAAGAAGAAUUUGGAGUUUUGGAACAAGGAGAAUUUUUUGGGGAAGUUGCUCUGUUAAAAAAAGACAAGAGGACUGCCAACGUUGUGGCCAUGCACCCGGGAGCAGAAUGUCUCACGCUGGACAGAGAGCCUUUUGUGCAUUUCAUCGGUAAUCUGGAGGAAUUAAAAAACAAAAAGUACACAGAACAUCCACGAAAACCCUCGGUCCAGUCAACGGUAGAAAUCAAGACAAACACAUUUUACCCGGAACUAUUCCGCGUGGAACUGACCGAUUUCGAAACGGUUGCCACAAUCGGAGUGGGCGGCUUUGGCAGGGUCGAUUUGGUGUGUCUAAAGCUGGACAAAAGCCGAUCAUAUGCGAUGAAGAAACUAAAAAAACAACAAAUAGUGGACAUGCAGCAACAGGAACACGUGUACAAUGAAAAAACCAUUUUGGAAUCGUGUACAAGUCCGUUUAUCGGAAAACUGUACAAGACGUAUAAGGACAACAGAUAUGUGUACAUGCUGAUGGAGGCUUGUCUGGGCGGUGAGGUGUGGACCCUUCUCCGCGACCGGAAGUGUUUCGACGACAAUGCCGCGUGUUUCGUGAUCGCGUGCGUUGUAGAAGCACUGGACUACUUGCACGGAAUCGACGUCGUCUACAGGGACCUGAAGCCGGAAAACCUGUUGCUCGACCGACAGGGUUUUGUGAAACUGGUGGACUUCGGCUUUGCCAAAAGGCUACAACCUCGAGGCAAGAAGACGUGGACGUUCUGCGGCACGCCUGAGUAUGUAGCACCAGAAGUUGUGCUGAACAAGGGCCACGACCGGGCCGUAGAUUUUUGGGCUCUGGGAAUACUCGUAUACGAGCUGUUGGCCGGAAUACCUCCGUUUAGCGGGAAUGAGCCGAUGGACAUUUAUAAUGCAAUAUUGAAGGGCAUCGGGGCCGUUAACUUCCCCAGACAGAUGAACAAAAUGACUCAAGGUCUGGUGAAACAGCUAUGCCGAAGCGAUCCGACGGAAAGAAUAGGCUACCAAAAGGGCGGCAUACAAGAUAUCAGACGGCAUGAAUGGUUCAAAGGUUUUGACUGGACCGGUUUGAGAAACAAAAACAUAAUUCCACCCAUCGUACCCCACAUCAACAAUCCGCUAGAUUCGUCGAAUUUUGAUAUUUAUCCAGAAGACGGAGACGUGCCGCCCGACGAAUCAUCUGGAUGGGACUCAGAAUUCUGAAGCGGUCGGUCGCAGCGUGAAGUGAAAUACUUUCGCCAAGUCUAAUGCCGACUGCUACAGGACUGUACAUAUUAUUAUUUGUAUUAUUAUGAAAAUGCGACAAAGUAUUCAUUGUCUAGACUAUACCGUCAGCUUAGUACCACACACGAUUUCCGAGAAGGAAAAUAACAAAUUAUAAUUUCGUAUGUAAUGUAUGACCCACAUAUUAUGAAGUGUUAAACACAAUAUCACUUUAACUUCACUAUUUAUUUUAUACUUUUGAGAGACCUUAUUUUUACUUAUCAAAAAACAGUCGAGCACCCAAUUGUCUUCCAAACAAUAAGUAAUUUAUCAACGUAAUAAUGCGUAAGUACUAACAGCAGGGUCCUUCACAAUAAUUACAAUAUAUAUAAUUUUUUUAUUUUUAUGUAUAAAUAUAUAUUUUAUAAUAUAUAUAUAAAUAAAUAAUUUAGAAUUUCAUUAUGCACGAAUAAAUAAAUUAAACAAAAUUUAGUACUUAAUCUUUGUAUACAAAUGAAAAAUAGAUAAGAAAAAAAACAAAAAUUAAAUAAAUCUUAAGGUAAAAAUAAUAACAACAAAUUAGAUGUAAAAAAAAGUCACUAACCAGUUGUACAAUUUAAACAACGCAAAUACAAUACUUAGAUAAAUACAUAUAGGUCUAAUUUCAAAAAAGAAAAGGAAAAUAACUUAACCACGUUAUAAAUCAAGUUGGCACUUGCUAUAAACAUAAUUAAGCAGUUAAGCUUGGUUAGAAUAUAGUUAAAUAGUUUUCUACAAAAAUAGAGAAAAGAAAAAACAAUCAGCAUUAUAUAUUUUUUAUAUCUUGUGCAUUAGCAAAAAAAAGAUUAA